AUCCUCCCAGUGCUAAUCCCAGGCAGACAGCGAGCACAUAAAAAUAAAAGCACCAAGAACAGAAAAAGGAGAGAAGAUAAAAGAGUUAUUGAAUUCAUUAGCUAUUCUGUUAUCUGAAUCUUAUUCUAAUGGGAUUCCUUGAACAUCAUAAGAAGUUUAUAGAUGCUGCUGAGAAAGGAAUCAAAUGGUCUAGUUCUGAUGUUCAAUCUUUCAUCUCCAUUGAUCCUAUCCAUGGACCUGUGGUGGAAAAUGCCAGGAAAGCAGCAAAAGUAGCUGCAAUAGGAAGCGCUGUUGGAGCACUUCAUUUGGGCGGAACUGCCUGGAGAUAUUCAAAGAGUCCUCACGGUGCUGUCUUAGCUUUGGGUCUUGGAGCUGUGGUUGGUUACACAGUUGGAAAAGAAGCUGCAUCCCAUUAUUAUCAACUCUAUCGGGCUGAUACUAUGGCUUCUCAGGUCAAGUUUUUGGAGUGGGUGGCUACCAAAUCUGAGGUUCGAUCAUGAGCCCACCUGCGUGUUGAGAAUUCAAGGCCAACACCCCUUAUCGCGACCAUUUACUUCCUCAUAUUGGUAGGUGAAAUAAAAAGCAGGUGCCCAGCCUGAAAAGAAGCUUACAGUACAACUUGUAAACUUGAGUUUGUGAUUUCUCUUUGAAAUAUGCCUUUGCUUCUCUGGGUUUUGAGAAUUUUUUGUCUUCCUUUUUUCUUGAAUUUUAUCAAGUAAUAGAGAGAUGUCUUUUAUAGAGCAGGUUUUCUUUGCAAGUACUCGAAAGUGUAAUUGUUCAUGCCAAGGUACAACUACAGCCAAUUUUGAAGUAUUUCAGACCAGCAGUUCUGUUUUGGUA